ACAGAGAGGUGUGGUCACAAGGCUCCAAAAACGGUCCCGUCCUGCUCUCGGUUUGCAGUCUGCACCGGAGGGACCAGGGCGGACAGAGUGGAGAGAGAGAGAGAGAGAGAGAGAGGGCGGCAACCUGUCAGGUUGUUUCCGUCCACUUAGUUUCGUCCAGUAACUUCUGUGGAGCCGCCGAGGCUGCAGUUCUCUGGUCACCAUGUCAGCGUACGGGUCUCAGCAGGCCCUGAACAUGCUCCGCGGGGCCAACUCCAGGGGAGAGUUGACUGGAGAAUCCACCUACCAGUACGCACGGAGCGACGGCUUCCACGGAGGGGGUAACGGAUACGACCAGUACGGACACGACGGACACAAAACCUUCACCUAUUCAAAGUCCGUGAAGGGAGGUGGGAUGGCGAGCGGAAUGGCGAGCAGCAUGAGAGCCGGAACCACGAGAGGAAUGACGUGGCGUGGGGCCAGCAUGGGAGGGGGGGCGAUGAGCGGCGCCGGCGGGGGGGCGAUCAGCGGAAUGGGUGGCUCUACACUUACUUCUAUCAACCAGAAGGCCGCUAUCCUGCAGAGCCAGUGCAACGAGUACCUGCAGAAAGCCGAGUACUACAUUCAAGCUGGUGGAAACCCGAGUGAGGCCGAGUACUUCAUGGGGAUGGCCAAAGAGGCCAUUCAAAAUCUGAAGAGCUGCGGGGCCGACCUGAGGCAGAUGGGACAGCCUAAUGAGAACGUAAUGAGAAGUGUGGAGAUGUACAAUAGCCAGCUGAAGGGGGUCCACAUGGCCAUCUCAGGCACCACGCAGAGAAGGAAGAGCACCAAGGGGGGCUCCGUUGGCUGGGAGGAACCUGGAAGGAGCUAUCAUGAUGCUAUUGGCUGGAUUGCACAGCAAAAGCGUCUGAUUGAAACAGCUUCAUGGGGAGACGAUCCUGCAGCCAUCGAGCAGCAGCUCAUGAGCCACCAGAGGUUUCACAGCUCCAUCCAGAGGAGCGUCGAGUUCGAUCGAGCCAGAGAUGACCUGAUGAAGACAGGAGACAAAGCCAAUCUUAAGGCUCUGGAUCAGGAAUGGGACAAUCUCCAGAAAAAGUCCCAUGAUCGGACCCAGCAGCUGCGAGAGUUCCAGCAGAUCAUUCAGGAAAUAUCCAAAGAGAUCAUGUGGGUGAAUGAGAAGGAGGAAGAGGAACUGAUGUUUGACUGGGGAGACAAGAACAUUGACCAGUAUAUCCCCAGAAAGCAGGAGAGCUACUCGAAACUGAUGAGUGCCCUGGAAGUAAAAGAAAAGGAUCUGAAUAGGCUGAAGGCCAAAGUGGACAACCUCCUGAAGAAUGACCACCCUGCAUCGGACAAGAUCGAGGCUUAUAGUGACACCCUGCAGACUCAGUGGAGCUGGCUCCUUCAAAUAACAAAAUGCAUCGACACUCACCUGAAGGAGAAUUUAGCGUACAGCCAGUUUUUCAAGGAGGCCAACGAGACGUACAGUGCUCUGCAGAAGGAACACGAGACGGUUCGUAAGAAUUUCAUCUGCGACAAGAACACUUCUCUGGAGACCCUGCAGGAGCUCCUCAGAAACCUGGAGAGGGAAAAGGAGAAGAUUGUGGAAAAUAGGAGGCAGGUUAAACACCUGGUCAGCAAGUCCAAGGAGAUCGUGAGACUGAAACCCAGAAACCCUGAAGAGAAGAACACCAGCGGCGUCAUUGUCAAGGCUCUGUGCGACUUCAAGCAGGACCAGAAGGUGAUCCUUAAGGGCAAUGAGGCUAUCCUAAAGGACAACAACCAGCGCAGUAAGUGGCUGGUGACUGGCCCGGGGGGUCUGGAUAUGUUGGUGCCCUCUGUGUGCCUGAUUGUACCGCCACCUAAUCCAAUCAGCAUCAGUCUCGCCAACAAAAACGAGCAGUACUACGAAGCAAUCCUGUCAAUCUGGAGCCAGCUUUAUAUCAACGUCAAGAGUCUCAUCUCCUGGCAGUACUGCGUCAUGGAUAUCCAACGCAUCAACUCCCUCACCAUCUCCAUGUUGGCCAAGAUGCGCCCAGAGGAGUACCGGAAAAUGAUCAAGAGCAUGGAGACUCACUAUGAUGAGUUUAUAGUGAACAGUGUAAAUUCCCAGAUGUUUGCUGAUGAGGACAAGAGGAGCAUAGAGAACCAGGUCAAUGAUGCCCAGACCCACUAUGAACAGCUAGUGGUGCAGAUACCUACUUACAUUGUCCAGCAGGAACAAUUACAGCAAACAUCUGGGCAACAACACCAGCUGAUUAUAUUACAGCAGCAGCAAGUACAAGCUGCUGCUGCAGAAGACGCAAGGAGGCUUGAAGAAGAGGCCAGGAUGCGCCAAGAAGAGGCCUGGAGGCUUGAAGAAGAGGCCAGGAUGCGCCAAGAGGAGGCCAGGAGGCUUGAAGAAGAAAGACGGAGAGCAGAGCUCAGAAGACAGGCCGAGAAGAAAGCAGAGGCAAAGAAAGAGGUGGUGAAGAAGGAAGUGAUAAAAGUGACCAAGACGGACGCAGGAAAGAGGAAGGUAUCCACAUCAUCAUCAUCAUCAUCAUCAUCAUCUCACAGCUUAUUAGAGCUGCACUCGCUCAGAUUGAGGCUGGAGGCCGCUGAAGACAUGCUGAGUCAGCACAUCCAUGUCUGCUUCGGAGACAACUGCGUGCAGGACUGUAGCCUCAAGAUCUCUCAGUUAGAGACUGUGCAGCGUGAUGUGGACUCGAUGCGUGCUGAGUACUUACUUUUGAAGGAGCGCAUUCUAAACGAGCUGGAAAGCGUGAAUGAUUUAGACAAAGCUCAGUUCCUCCGCAGCGAGAUUGGAGUGAUUAACCAAAGACUGGGCAGCCUGGAGAGCAGCUCAUCAGCUUAUGUUCAGCGGCUACGAGCUCUAAGGGACAUGCUGGAGAGUGUGGCACGAGCCGAGGACAUUGUGAAAGUUUAUGAAGCAAGAAUGACAGAAAAGGAGACCACUUCUCUGUCUCCUGAGGAAGUGGAGGAAUAUAUGUCGACUCUGAAGAACAUCAAAGCAGAGCUGGAUCAGAAGAAAGGUAUUCUAAAUGCUAUGGAGGCAGAGUUGUCCAAGGCGAGCCACUGGAACGGCCAGGUGGGCGGAUCCUCCCACAGGUGUGACCUGAUGCUAACAAAAUACACAGAAGAUGUGAACAUGCUGUCAGACCGCUGGAGACGAAUCCAAUUACAGCUCGAUACGAGAAUGCAGGACCUUCGAUCAUAUCUGCCUCAGCUGCAACACUACAAGCAAACCAGCACUUCCAUUCUUGAAUGGAUUGAAGCCACUCGCAGAAAACAGGUGGCUCUACAGGCCACCAAGAUAGAAAAUGUUCAAGCACUGGAAGACCUCAUUAACAACCAGAAGGCUCUGAAUGCAGAAAUCAAGGUGAGGAGGGAGACAGUAGAUAGUGUGCUGAAGGACAAUGAAGCCUGUGUGAACGCUAUCAAGGACUAUGAAACAGACCUUGCAGCUUACACCUCUGGUUUAGAAACUUUGCUCAACAUCCCAGUGAAGAGGACAAUGCUGAAGUCGCCGUCAGUGGAUCUCAAUCAUGAAGCUACCCAACUGCAGACUCGAUAUAUGGAGUUGCUUACCCUUUCUGACGACUACUACAGAUUUCUAGGAGAUUUGCUCAGAAACAUGGAGGAGCUCAAGAUUCGUAACACAAGGAUUGACCUGUUAGAAGAAGAACUUCGCCUUCUGAGAGACGAUAUGAGAGACCGCAACGCCAAGAACAAAUCACUGGAAGAUGCUCUUGCUCAGUACCAACGGGAGCUGAACCAGUCAAAAGAACAGUUGCUGUCAAUGGAGGAGGUGAAACAAACUGCAUCGUUGCAGUGCAGUGCCACCAAGGAGAACCUAGAUAACACACAGAGCCAGCUGGCAGGCCUCAGAGAUCAGGUGGAACGUCUCAACUACUUGCUGGAUGAAGAAAAGAGGAAGAGGAAGCUAGCAGAAGAGCGCUACACUCAGCAGCAAGAAGAGUAUGAAGCAGUGCUGAGAAAGAGGCAGAACGAGCUGGAGACAGUCAGUUGGUCCAAGGUGGAGGUGGAGAAGACUUUGUCAAAUAAAGAGCUUGAGAUUGAACAGCUCCGGCGACAGCUUGCUGACGAGACAGCAAGGUUCAUGGAGCUGCAGAAGGAGAUAUCAAAGGUAAGGAGCCAAUACAGUACGGAGAUCAAUAACUUAAAGCUCAGCUACGAAUCUCAGAUCCACGUCAGCCAUGCAGACAUGCAAAGGCUGGCAGCUGAGAGGGACGAGGAUACAGUGGAGCUCCAGCUGCAGUAUGACAGGAUGGAGGCAGAGAGGAGGAAUCUCGAGGAGGAGCUACGGAGACUCCGAAUAUCUAUCAGCCAGGUUGAGGAACAAAGGAAGGCAGCAGAUGAGGAAGCUCACACUCAGCGGGCUGUAAUCAUCGAGGAAGGCCGCAAGAGAAGAGAAUUGGAAAGUCAGGUGGAACUGUUGAUGAGGCAGAGAGACGAGCAAAGUAGCCAGUAUAGAGCAGAGCUGGCUGAGGUUAGGAAGGACCUGCAGGAGACGAGUGACCGACUGGCUUAUGUCACACACAGUCUAGAGGAGGAGACCCGCAGAAGACAAACUGCGGAAGAAGGUCAGGGUGUGCUUGAACAGACUCUGUCCCAGCUGCAAGUGAAGCUAACUAAUUCAUCAGUGGCUGUAACCCAGGGGCGGGAGUACAAGGAGGAGCUUCAGAAACUGCGAUUGGAGCUGGAGAGAGAAAGCAGGGAGCGAAGCAGAGUUGAGCAAAAUAUGAGAAGCUUACAGGGACGCAUCAAGGACCUCCAAGCUGUAAGAGAUGGACUUGAGAGCCAGGUGGAGAAUUUGCGGCAAGCUAACCAAGAAGAAGUAGCCAGAAGAAGGCAGAUCGAGUCAGAGCUAGAGAAGACCAAUAUGACCCUGGCAGAACACAGCAGCACUAUCGUUGCACUACGCCAAAGCCAAGAACAAGCCAGCAAUUCCGAAAAGAGAGGUGAAGAAGAGCGUCUUCAGUUGCAGGAGGAGCUAGAGAAAAGCUUGAGACAGAACAAGACCUCUGCAGAGCACAUCACACAGCUGAGCUCUGACCUGAAAGCCCUUCAGCAGCAGCUGCUUGAGGAGCAGCUCAAAGUCAAAGAGGCAAACCUCAGGAAUGAAGGUCUUUAUAAAUCUAUAGAGGAGAAAAGCAAGAUACUGAAUGCGAACUCAGUUGAGCUUCAAAGGCUGAAGGAGCUGACAGAAGCUCAGACCAAAGAGAGGCUGAGACUGGAUGAGGAGCUAAGGACAACACGACAUGAGAAAGAUGAACUCUUGAGGGCCAAACAGGGAAGUGAUGAUGAGCUCUCCUCGCAGAUUACUGCGCUGGAGCUGCAGCUACAGGCCAGUGAGCGCAGUAAUUUAGACUACCGCAACCUGGUCUCCGAGCUCUCCUCUGAGAGGGAGAAACUCAAAGUGGAGACUGAGAAAAUACAAACGCAGGCCACCGAGAUAAGAGCCACCAUGCAAUCCCUUCAGUCCCAGUAUAAUGAAAUUGUAACCGAGAGAGACACUCUGUUGCUGAAAUUGCAGUUGUCAGAAAAGGACAAAGACCACAUCUUAAGACUAGAGGAGGAACUCAGCCGCAUUAAACUGUCCUUAGAAUCUGAGUAUCGCAAUAAGCAGCGUCUACAGGAGGAGAACGAAAGAGUGAAGAGGGAUUUAAGUCACUGGAAGGACCAGUGUGAUAGCAAACAUGGCCUGAUUAGGCAGUAUGAGACAGACAAGGAUAUUUCGGAGAGGGAAAAGAAAUCUUUGAAAAGUGAGAUAGAAAGGCUGAUGAGAGAGUUACGUGAGCUUGAAGAGUCAUAUAAAAUUAAACUGUCAGCCACCCAGAAAGAAUUACAUGAGGUCACCAUUGUCAGAAAGAACAUAGAAACUGAACUGAAGACUGCCAGAGAACCCCCAACCUUGGAUCCUUCCACUCUGAUUUUUGAUGGAGUCCGUAAGACAGUGACAGCAGACCAGUUGCUCAAUUGUGGUGUUUUGGAUAAACAAACAUGUAACCAGCUGGUGAAGGGACAUAGGACUGUCCCUGAAGUGUCUGUUGACAAAAAAGUCAAUUUAAAAGGUACAGGCCCAAUAGCCGGGGUGGUAGUUGAAGGUCUAAAAGGUCCAGGCUCCAUUUCUGGACCUCAGUUUGCAAAACUGACUUUCACUGAAGCCAAGAAUGAAAAUCUCCUCCCAGCAGAUGCCAUCAAUUUGCUUCUGGAUGCUCAAGCCGCUACAGGACACAUAAUUGACCCCAGAACUAAUCAAAAGUUGACAGUUGAAGAAGCAUGUAAUCAUGGUGUGAUUGAUGAUAAGGACAGAGAGAGGUUGCUAGCAGCAGAAGCUGCAGCUGUAGGGUAUAAUGGACCUGGGACAAAUAAACCUCUUUCAGUAUUUCAGGCCAUGAAGAUGGGACUAAUUGACAGAAACACAACACUGCGUCUUUUACAAGCUCAGGAGUCUGUGGGGGGCAUUCUAGAUCCAGUACUCAGUGUGUUCCUUCCCAAAGACACAGCCAUUGAGCGUGGCCUAAUUGAUGACAACUUAUGCCGUGCUUUGAGUCAAAGACCUGAGCUCUACCUGGACCCAGAAAACGAGGACGGUGUAAGUUAUAUGUCAAUGAAGAGAAGAUGUAAGGUAGAACCACACACGGGCCUUCUUCUUCUUCCUGUCACUGAGAAGAUAGAUCCCUCCAAACUUAUUUUUGAUGGUGUUCGAAAACCUGUCACAGCCAAGCAGCUGCUGGAUUGCAGUGUCCUGGACAAGCCAACAUUUAAAGAUCUAGAAAAGGGGAAGAAAACCAUCCCAGAAGUGUCUGUUGAUAAAAAUGUCAAUCUGAAGGGGACUGGGCCAAUUGCUGGGGUGGUAGCUGGGAAGCAAGGCAAAAUGUCCUUGUCAGAAGCCAAGAGACAAAUGUUGCUACCUGAGGAUACUGCAGAUUUGCUACUAGAAGCGCAGGCUGCAACUGGUCAUAUAAUUGACCCUCAAACAAAUCAGAAGUUGACUGUAGAAGAGGCAUGCACCAGAGGAGUAGUGGAUAUAAGAGAUAGAGACAAAUUAUUGGCAGCUGAGGCCGCUGCUGUUGGCUACAAGGAUCCUAAAGUUGCCAAUCCUCUCUCAGUGUUUGAGGCCAUGAAGAAAGGAUUGAUUGACAAUAAGACUGCACUGCGUCUACUGCAGGCCCAAGAAUCAGUGGGAGGAAUUCUAGAUCCCAAUCUCAGUGUGUUCCUGCCUAAAGACACAGCUAUUAAGCGCAACCUUUUAGAUGAAAACCUUCGCCAUGCUCUGAAACAAGAUCCUGAAUGUUACAUUGACCCGGAAACUGAGCAUGAUGCCAGCUAUGAGACUUUGAAAAAAAGAUGCAAGAUAGAGCCUCAUACUGGUCUGCUACUUUUGCCAGUCUCAGAGAAACUAGAUCCUACUAAACUGGUCUUUGAUGGUGUACGUAAACCAGUAACAGCAAAGGACUUGCUUGAUUGUGGGGUGCUGGACAAACCAACAUUUAACCAACUACUGAAGGGGGAGAAGACUGUCCCAGAGGUGUCUGCAGACAAGAAGAUCUCUCUAAAGGGGACAGGAGUGAUUGCUGGUGUGGUGGCUGGACCUUUAGGGAAACUGUCUUUAUCAGAGGCCAAGAAACAGAUGCUCAUGGCGUUAGACAGUGUAGAUUUACUACUGGAGGCCCAGCCAAAGAGCCUGGAGCAUUAUCUGAGUCAGGAGGAACCUCGACUGCUAAACCAUCUGAAGAACAGCGGAGCCCUGCAUCAGCUACCCUACAACCUCUGGUUCAGAUGCUGCUUUGCUGGCUGCUUGCCUGAAUCCAGUCUGCAAAGGGUGUGGGACAAGGUGAUCAGUGGCUCGUGUAAGAUCCUGGUAUUUGUGGCCCUGGAGAUCCUGCUCAGCUACAAAAUUAUUUUGAUGGGCAUCAACCGGCCAGAGGGCAUGGUCAAAUUCUUGUGCAAUAUACCGCAGGAGAACACAGAUGCCAUUGUCACUAAAGCCAUUGAUUUGUGGCAUAAGUACUCCGGCACCCUGAUCCAUGCUAUAUAGCAACACGGAGCCAGACAAGGAAAAUAUCUGGAACCAGAAGUAAUCUUCUUUCCUGAAAUCCACCUGGACUCGCAAUGCUUCACUAAGACACUGCGGCACUCGCCGUCCACGGGGCUUUGUCUCUGCGUAACUGAACUGAACUGAAAACUCAUCAUGGCUGCUUUUGAUAAACCAUGGGGACCCUUUUCAUACUGUUGAUUUUCCAGGUUUCCCCUGCGACUCUGGCAAACCAUUCUGGUGAAAGAGACUUGAGUUGGUGGUGGGUUGGGGGAAAAAAAACAGACGAGGCUGUAACUUAUUAUUUUUUUAAUAAGUUUCUUUCUUUAAGAAACUGCAUACAUCAUAGAAGACUCACAAUAAAUUAAUACCCACAUGCAGGUCUUUCUGCUUUACAAAAGAACAUUUGAAAAUCCUUUUAAUUUAUGUACAUCCUCUUAGAAUUCUGAGAAGAGUUUUCUCAAAACAUUUUUUAAACGCGUACAAGUGACAGUAAUAUUACUGACUCUUGCAUACGCACACACUCAGAUACACAAUCAUAACCCACGCAGCUUGUUCUCACCAAUAACAUGGUAAAAACCUCCAAUUCAUGGACCCAAUCUUAAGUGUAAACCAUUAAAAAGGGAGAGAAAAAAAGGCAAAUAGUAAGGUGGCAGGAUUGACACGUUUCGUACCAAAAAGGCUCAUGUCAGACAAUAAAAGGUGAAAUGCAAACACAGUCCUUCUUGUAAUUCAGCAGAGAGCUCAGUAACAUUUUACUGUGUCUACAGAUAAUAUUCUGUAUCAAAUAAACAAGGUUAUUUGGCAACUUUGAAAUCCCUGUAAACACGCCUGUAGGCACAGUGACACAGUGGGUUACUGAACUCUUGAUACUCGUCACUCCAGAAUUCUCCAUUCAAGGUGACGGCUUUCACAACAGGUCAAGUUGCUUUGGUUUAAAAUGGGAAUCUGAAGUUUGAAAAGUGUUUGAACACUCGAAUGCAGCCCACAACUAGAUUGAUGUAAAAGAGAGAAUCUGACAUUAUUGCUCAGUGGAUUGAUGUGAAAGUGUUUGGAGACAGGAAUUUCCUUUUGUUGUAGAGAGCACUCUUGGACUUUGAUUAGAAUUUUAGGGCAAUUUGGCUUAAGCUUCAGCUGCCUGCAAUAGUACACACUUGUGGAAUGUUUUCAUGCCUCUGGCAAAGAGAAAUGAUUACUGAGAUGUCAUACGUGGAGUAAAAUCAAGCUAACACAAGCAUACUCAAAGGAAAAAUUCUGCCCGAUGAAAAUAUGGUACAGGCAUGAAAACAGUGAGAGUGAAAUAAAGACCCUGUGUUUCAUCUUUUACCGUCCCCAUCCUGUAAAAUUGGCACAGAUUCUGUGUUGGACCUCCAGGAGCCUUGUUUAAAAAAAGAAAAGAAAAAAGAAGUGCUGCAAAGUAAAGAUAUCACCAUCUCUUCAUCAUAAAAAAAAUACAAUUAAAAGCUUUUGAAUAUCAAGAAGUCACCAAAAUCUCCACAGAGGGGAGACAGUCGUUGAUCCGUCCAUCUCAGUGUUUUUCUCCCGUUUCCUGUAAUGGCUCAAACUUGUGUGAUGAAGCCAGUUCGAAGUUGAUGUUGGAAAUCUGUAGCAGUCUGAACACUUGAGACUUUAAGGGAUUUUAAAAACAUGGCUGAGGUCUCUGAGCCGACUUACGGCCUGUGAAACCUGUAGGAAGAAACCAGGAAGAGAAAAUGAGCAUGUUUGAAGAAAUGUUCUUUAUUCUGACACAAUGAAAUUAUCUAAAAGGAGACAAAGCAGUCAGAACAUCCUCAUCUGACCUCCAGCAUCAACGAGGCCUUUUCUUCCAGAGCACUGCUGCUCACUGGAUAUUUUCGCUUUCUCAGA